CUCUCUCUCUCCUCUCAACAAAAUCAGAACACACAAAAAAUUAGGACGUUACAGAAUGUCUUGUACCGUUGCGAUUUCGAGCUCCCCUGUCUUCUCUCCAUCUAGGGUUUCCUCUUCUCUCUUCUGCAAAUCCUCCUCCAUCUCUUCAUCCCCCGAAACCAUCUCUCAAUCGCCCUCCUCGUCGUCGCCGUCGUCGCCGCUCAGGCUCCGGCUGCUGAAACCACCACCUCUCAGUGGACUCGCUAGGGCUUCUACGGACGGUGGGUCGUUGUCGUCGUCUUCUUCUUUGUCUUCUCCGACGCUGCAAAAGAGGAAGAGGCCGAUGCGGCUCGAUAUUCCGAUUGCUUCGUGGAGCUUUGCUGGUGGUUGUCCGGCGACGCCGUCCGCGGCUGAGGAGUCGGUGGAGGUUGAGAGGGAUGGGUAUUCUGUGUACUGCAAGAGAGGGAGGAGAGAGGCCAUGGAGGAUCGGUACUCUGCUGCCCUUGAUCUUCAAGGAGAUCCUAAACAGGCUUUUUUUGGUGUUUUUGAUGGGCAUGGAGGUGCAAAAGCUGCUGUGUUUGCAGCAGAGAACUUGAAUAAAAACAUUUUAGAUGAAUUGGAACAAAGGGAUGAAGGAGAGGUUGAGGAAGCCAUUAAAAAUGGUUAUCUGAAAACAGAUACCGAGUUUCUGAAGGAAGAUGUCCGCGGGGGAUCAUGUUGUGUCACAGCACUUAUCAGAAAAGGUAACCUCGUGGUAUCUAAUGCUGGUGACUGCCGUGCCGUGAUGAGCAGGGGUGGGGUUGCUGAGGCCCUCACAUCUGAUCACCGCCCUUCAAGGGAAGACGAGAAGGAUAGAAUUGAGACCACGGGUGGCUACGUCGAUUGUUGCCGUGGUGUUUGGCGAAUUCAGGGAUCUCUGGCUGUGUCCAGAGGAAUUGGAGAUCGCCACCUUAAACAAUGGGUAAUAGCAGAACCGGAAACAAAAAUUUUUAAAAUCAAACCGGACUUCGAAUUCUUACUCCUUGCUUCUGAUGGCUUGUGGGAUAAGGUUAGCAAUCAGGAAGCUGUCGAUAUUGCUCGUCCUUUGUGCUUAGGAACUGACAAGCCAGAACCUCUGUCAGCUUGUAAAAUGCUUGCAGACCUCUCCGUUUCGCGAGGCUCCUUCGAUGAUAUUAGUGUGAUGCUGAUUCAAUUGGAAAAAUAUCAUUGAUGGUCGUCGGCUUUUUAUUGGAGAAUUAGCUACCCUAAUUUAUAUAACUUGACAGAAAAGUUCUCCUGCCUGCGUUUUUUUCUUUUCAAAGUAAAUCCUUUACCCUAUUAGGGGUUAAAGGCCAGACUCUCAGUAGUUGCUGUUUAGUGGUGGGGUAUUACUACAUAGUGAUUUUGUUAGUUGUUGAUGAUGACGAAGAUGAUGGAGGAGGUAUAUGUUUUAAUGGAAGAGCCUCAUCUAGCGUAGUUGUUUGACCUUUUUUGCAGUUUUUUGGAGAAUGAUCAAACACAGAAACGCGUUUAAAUUAUUUUUUAUACAUAUUCUUUAUUCAUUGAAAUUCUAUUGACCCCUAUUUGUAAAUUAAUUUAUUCUUUUAUAAAUUUCAUCUAGGUUAUGAUUCUUCUA